CACUGCCUCACACCCUGAGUUAUAAGUCUAGACAACUCAGCUCUUCAUUCAGAAGUCGAGGUAAAUCCCCAGACUUUGGGAACAGAAAGCAGGAUGUGCUCAGAGUAUGAGUGCGUAAUUUGUUACCGGACCUACAACGCAGCUCGGCGGUGUCCCCGGGAGCUCCACUGCAAACACAGCUUCUGUGAGAGCUGCCUCCUGGCCCUUUCACGACCCCUGGGACCCAGUGAGGCACGUCUGGGAGCUGAUGGAGUCAUCGUCUGUCCGCUGUGCCGACACACCACAUCCAUCUCCGCAUUGGGGAACGUGAGAGCCGAGCUGAGGGUGGAUGAGUGCGCCCUGGAGCGCUUGAUAUCUUCGAGACUCCUCGAGCAAGAAGAGGAGGACGAAGAGGAGGGUCACGUUCAAGACAGUUGUGACGACACCGAAGAGAUUCCCGAGACUCAAGCCGAGGAGAGCGACUUCUCCGCGGGUUCAAGCGGCGGGAGGCUGUGGCGGUGUUGUAGGAAAGCCUGGAGGUCGUUUAGUGGGAAGAACUCACAGCGGAGGGGCGGAGAAAACUUUUUGGAAAGUGAUGACCUGAGGAACCUCACCAUGAUGACCUUCAACAUGUUUUAAGGAGUCCACGACUUCAGAUACCCUGGAUAAUGUGAUACUGUAUUUGUUUUCAAUGGUUCUCUUUCACAACAUGGAAUAGUGAUGAUGAAGAACACUUGCUGUGAACACACAUAUACACCGUCAACAAUGAUGUUAGUCAUCUUUUCAGCUGACUGCUUGUUUAAAUGAUGACCACUGUGUAGCUGCUGCAGUGAAGUGAGAACAAAAUGGAAAACUUGUGAAUUGCCUAAAUGGCCCGUUGUAAGCCUAUUAAUGCACUAAUGUGGUAUUUAUUAUUUUUGAUGAAUGUAUUUUAUUGUUUCAUAUUGAAGGAAAAAUAAAUAAGUUCUGUUUUCAA